AUGGUUAGAGCUGACGAAUAUCAUGUUGUUGCUUCAGGUCCUUGUGUGGAUGAAGGCGAUGCCUAUUGCAUCAAACGAGUGCCCAACAGUUUCUGCUCUGUCACCAAGAAUGAAUGCUUUUGCCAACCCGCCUACGUGGCUAUCCAAGAGGAGUACGGAAUUACUUGUAAACCUCGUGAGUCAAUUGUAUUUUUUUCACUCCUCUAUCUACUCAAAUUAGCAAACUCCUACAGUGGUUGA